AUGGAGGUUUUCUUUUCCCUACCAACGGAGUUGCAAAAGCACACGCUCACGUUUCUAGAGCCCAGCGACUUAGAUUACCUCUUCUCUCUUCAGAAUUUGCAGCCAUUAAGUGAGACUUCCAACGCUGAAUUUCUCAAAAUUCAACAUUUGGCGCUCACUGCUAAGUACUAUGACCGCCAGGUGAUUCUCAGUAAUAAUGCACAGUUGGCGUCAAUAUCAUUUUCCGAGCUUGACUACUUGUUGGAACACAACAUAAGCAUCUGUCCCGCCGAGAUCACGGUAGCAUUUUUCGAUUUUACGAAUUAUCAGCAAACUUUGGCUUUCACAUCGUUUCUAUUCCAGCGCUACUUGGGUGUCCUCCAGUGUUUUACCAGGAACUUUAAUAUCCGGUUGAUUCUAGUGGAGAACGUAGCUCUCGAAAAUGACUUCCUCAAGUCUAUUUUUCAGCCUCUUUGCAUGGCUCACCUUAAUGUCCGCUUUACAAUUAAGUAUGCUCCUGGAAUAAAACUCAAUUCACCAAAAAGAAGGGGAAACGAGUUGGAGCUAGGUAUGGCUGAGUUUUUGAGUGUCAACUCUGAGAUAGCCGUCGAGAGCUUACUGUUACAUUUAUUCAACUCCAACAAUCUUCUAAAGCACUUUGUGGAAGACAACGGCUGCUUUUGCUGCCAAGGAUUAAGAGUCUUGAAUCUAUCCUACAAUCACUUGACGGAUAUGCAUUUGGCUACAGUGAGAUUCCCAGACGGACUCGAGCAACUCAAUCUUUCGAACAACCUGCUUCAGAACCUCACCAAGCAUUCUUUCAUUUAUGAAAACUUGACGUCAUUGCGCUCUCUAGACCUCUCAAACAACAAUCUUAUGAGUCUCACUCUCCCUGUCUCCAAUACACACCAAAGUUACAAAUUGAAACAGGUCAAUCUCUCUGGAAAUCUUUUGGCUAGCUAUGAAUUUCUUGAUGAAAGUCGGUUAUUUCAAAAUGUCGCUGAAUUAGAUUUGUCACGCAACUUGUUGGAGGUUUUGACACCAUUUCCCGCCAGUGUCAGAGUCCUUGACCUCACCGGAAACUACUUUACUUUUCCUACCGAAUCCCUUGUCAAAGCAUUUCCGCCAAGACUUGAGACCCUCAAAGUAAGUGGCUUCAUAAGCAGAACGAACGACACGUCAUCAACGGUUCUGAAUUUGACCACAGCUCUCUUGGAAGGCGGCCUGACACCAGAGCUCAAAGAAUUGUACAUCUGCGGCACUCUUGCCUGCGAUCUACUUUAA